AGAGAGAGAGAAAGAGAAAGAGAAGAAAGAAAGAGGAUAAAGCUGAUGUCUUGGUGAGCUGAACUAAUAAUAAUAAUCCUCCUCCAAGUCUGGAAAAAGAACAGAUCGAGUUUUGGAACAACAGCUCCCCAUGGCCAUUUGUGCAAGGCAGUAUCUCAACACACCCUAUUGAUAUGGCUCCCGGUGGCUUUUCGUUUCCACCUCCUCCUCCUCCACCACCGUCGCCGGCGGCACCGGCCACCAAUAGCUUCCAGGGUGCACAACCGCAGAGUUCUCGCGGUCGCGGGGGUCGUGGUGCAGGUUCUCAUCACCGAGGCCGGGGGCGAGGCACUGGACACGUCGGUGGUCGAGGGGGCUAUAUAGCCGGGCCUCCAGCAGCAAAUUACGGUCCCCCCCAAAGCUAUCCCUAUCAUGCAUCGAAUAAUCCUCCCUCCCAGUAUAAUAUGCCUGGGGCCCAGCGCCCAGCGACAUAUCCCGUUCGGGCCUAUGGUCAACCGCACGCUACGGCACAAUUCCCACCUCCGCAGUCACCUUACGGCUCACCUGUUUCUCCGCAGUUCCCAACACACCAUCAGCCUCGCCACCCUCCUCCUCCAUCGAGUGGGUAUCCGCCUCAGAUGCAUUCUCCUCUUAUCCAGCCGCCACAUCAUGCUCCUGGCCCCGGCCCGCCAGCGGUUAUGAGUCCGCCGAUGCGCUGGGGCUUCGAUCACGCUGGUACCCCGGGAGCAUACCCUCCACAGCAGAACUACACACCCGCGCCGCCUCAUGCGCAACCGCGACAACCCCAUGAACGACAGGGAGGAUACAGACAGCAACGCGGAUUUAAUGCGUCACAUGCGUCUGGCCCUUACCCAUCUAAUGAUAAGUCACAGAGUCGAAUGAACAAGCGUCCACACUCGGCGGCUUUUACCAGCAAACAAGACGACACCCGACCUACUGCUCCCCUCCCCGUUCCCAGUUUCGGAAAUCCAUUGCCCUCCAAACCACCAGCAGCAGUUGAUGCUACACGCAAGCCAAAAAAGAAGCGAAGGAAAUACAAUCAGCUGGGCUUAACACCCAAGGCUGAAGAACAUGAAUCGAGCGAGGACGAGGAUGACGUGGAUGAGGAGACGAAGCUCGCAACACAGAUUACGGAGAAUGAAUUGAAAAUUACCUAUAGAGGGCGGACCGCGACGCUGCAAUCUGCUGCUGAGAUUACAGCCUGGAUCGAAGAACGUAAGCAGCGGUACCCCACGAUAGCAAGGGUAGAAGAGCGGAAGAAGGAGCUACAGGAGAGAAAGCUAGCCAGGGAGGCCAAGAAGGCGGAGCAAGAGGAGCAGAGAAGGCAGCGGGAGGCAGACGCUAGAAAGAGGGGAGAGAGGCGCAAAGCAAAGACCGAAGAACAAAAGCUGGAUCCUGCGGAUGCUGCGGAGAAAGCGAAGCUGAAAGCAGAGAAGCUCCGGAGGAAACUCAUCAAAGAGGAGAAGAGAGUAGCCAAGGCGGAGGCCGCAGCUGCGAAAGCAAGACGAGCUGCCGAAGCUCUUGCAUCUGAAGCUGAUGGCGGCACGGCCGAGAUGGUCGAUCCAAGCCCUGGGGCAGUUGUUGCUCACCGGGGUGAUAGCCAGGGGCGUGACUCGAUGGACCCUGAAGGCGUUCCGCUCACAUACGGCCCAGCAUCCCCUUCAAGGGAAACUAAGGAUGAUAUCAUUGAAGAUCAGUCCGGACAGGCAUUUGAAACAGAGCUAUCACAACAGCACCGAGAUGAAGUGGGCUCUUCUGAAAUCACUGCAGAGACCCCUGGUGUAAAUGGCGAUCGGCACGCUAACCUGACUGAACGGCAAGCCAAGGCAGAUGAAUGCGCGGAAGAUCUGUCAUCAGAUAUAUCAUCAGAAACAUCAGACACUAGCGACGAGACCACGUCCAGUGGCUCCGAUAGUUCGUCGGACGAAGGUGACGAUGGCUCCGCCCCUGAAGAGAUGACGACGAAGCGAGAGCGACCGGAACGCGUGCCACCACCGCCACGUAAAAGCAGAAACCUGUGCCACCAGUUUGUCAAGACGGGAAAGUGUCGUCGCGGGGAGAAUUGCAGAUAUGUGCAUGAGGUUUCUGAUAAGCACCGCCUCUUGGGCAAGGAGUCAGGAAGUCAAAGGCCCGGUCUGUUCCAGGCGCUGUUGGGACGACAGCGGGAAGAGGAAGAUCAGCGGGUGAUGCAAGCCAUCUCGUGGCUUGGAGGGGCAGGGGUUCUGGAUGAGCCAGAGACGGGUGAGGCAAUGCGGGAUGGAGGUGAUGCGGCCAAAGCAGGAACCGCGGGAGAUUGUUAA